CGCCACUCGGAUUCGGAAGACCCGGCCCCGCCCUCCCGCCCCGGCGCACCCCGCUGCCGCGGCCAUGGCGAGAGGAGACGCCCCGCGGGACAGCUACCACCUGGUCGGGAUCAGCUUCUUUAUCCUGGGGCUGGGCACCCUCCUUCCCUGGAACUUCUUCAUCACUGCCAUCCCGUACUUCCAGGGGCGGCUGGCAGCGGACAACACCACAGCUGAGACCCCGAGCACCAACCACACAGGCCCUGCAGACAACUUCAACUUCAACAACUGGGUGACGCUGCUGUCCCAGCUGCCUCUGCUUCUCUUCACCCUCCUCAACUCCUUCCUGUACCAGUGCAUCCCUGAGGCGCUGCGGAUUCUGGGCAGCCUGCUGGCCAUGCUGAUGCUCUUUGCCCUGACGGCGGCUUUGGUCAAGGUGGACCUGAGCCCCAGGCCCUUCUUCGCCAUCACCAUGGCCUCCGUCUGUUUCAUCAACUCCUUCAGUGCAGUCCUGCAGGGCAGCCUCUUCGGGCAGCUGGGCACCAUGCCCUCCACCUACAGCACCCUCUUCCUCAGCGGCCAGGGCCUGGCUGGGAUCUUUGCUGCCCUUGCCAUGCUCAUGUCCAUGGCCAGUGGCGUGGACGCCCAGACCUCCGCCCUGGGGUACUUCAUCACGCCCUGCGUGGGCAUCCUUAUGUCCAUCGUGUGCUACCUGAGCCUGCCCCAUCUGAGGUUUGCCCGCUACUACCUGGCCGAGAAACCAUUGCAGGCCCAAGCUCGCGAGCUGGAGACCAAAGCCGAGCUCCUCCAGUCUGAUGAGAAGAACGGGAUUCCCAACAGCCCCCAGAAGGCAGCCCUGACUCUGGAUCUUGACCCUGAGAAGGAGCCAGAGCUGGAGCCAGAUGAACCCCGAAAGCCAGGAAAACCUUCAGUCUUUGUUGUCUUCCGGAAGAUCUGGCUGACAGCGCUGUGCCUUGUGUUGGUCUUCACAGUCACUGUCUUCCCUGCGAUCACAGCCAUGGUGACCAGCUCCACCGGUCCUGGGAAGUGGAGUCAGUUCUUCAACCCCAUCUGCUGUUUCCUUCUCUUCAACGUCAUGGACUGGCUGGGACGGAGCCUGACCUCUUACUUCCUGUGGCCAGACGAGAACAGCCGGCUGCUGCUGCUGCUGGUCUGCCUGCGCUUCCUGUUUGUGCCACUCUUCAUGCUGUGCCACGUGCCCCAGAGGUCCCAGCUGCCCGUCCUCUUCCCGCAGGACGCCUACUUCAUCACUUUCAUGCUGCUCUUUGCCGUUUCGAAUGGCUACCUGGUGUCCCUCACCAUGUGCCUGGCUCCCAGGCAGGUGCUGCCCCACGAGAAGGAGGUAGCUGGCGCCCUCAUGACCUUCUUCCUGGCCCUGGGACUCUCCUGCGGAGCCUCCCUCUCCUUCCUCUUCAAGGCGCUGCUCUGAAGUGGCCCACUGGGGCUCUCCCGUGGCACCCCCUUCUGGAGCUAGGAUCCAGCCCAGGAGGGAUGGCCAGCCCCUGCCAGGCUGGCAGGCCAGGAGGGACAGGAGGUGCUCUCCACCCCUGGCCAGGGACCUCCUAGGUGACGUGAGGAAGAAUUCACCACCCGUCAUUCUAACCCUCACCCAGGAAUGGAGCUGCCAUGCAGAGGGACAGAUUUCACCUAGACGCACAUAAGACCCCAUUGAAAGGGUGAUGAUCUGGAAAAAGGGGGCACAGGGCCACAGCCCCUCCCCACCCUCAGGACUGCAUUUGUUAAUCACAAAAAUCCCACUUGCUAAUCACCAGCAGCAGAGGCCACCAGUGGGGACUUGCUGAGGAUGUGGCUGAUGAGGCCCCUGCCUCAGGGCCAACGCAGGGCAGGAGCUGUUCUUGCCCCCGGGCCUCAGCGCCUGCCUUGGUCAUGUUCUAGGGUAACCCUGGGUGACCUCAGGGUAAAGGGUGCCAGGGAAGUUGGGGGGAGGAGGAAGGAGGAACAGGUGUUGAGGAUCUGAGGGUGCUCAAAGGACUGGACUCUGAGCCUCAAAUAGCGUUUUCAUUGCUAACACUGUCCCCACGCCCCAGGGCCCAGCUGGGCCUGGGUCCCAGAACCGCAGCUAGCCUGCAUGUGUGCACUGCACUUUACAGUUUGCAAAGCUCUUCCACACCUACCCUUACUGAAGCCUCGCUGAGGCCCUUGGAAGGAGCCAAGCAGGGACUGUGCUUCCCCCAUUAUACAGGUGAGGAAACUGAGUCCCAGGGGGAAGUGACUGGUCCGUAGUGGAGCCGGGACCCAGCCCCCCCCGUCCGUGUAGGUGCUGCUCUUCCUGCCCGCUACCCACCUCUCUGUCCCUCCAGGCUCACUUACUCCACCCUUUUGCUCCGUUUUCCCCUCUGACCCUGCUCCCAGGUCUAAUAACAACCCUGUUCAUUUGU